AUGGCUGUUUCCACUCACCUAACUGUGACAGAUGAGACACUAUCAUCGAUGUUGAGAAUGUGUUUUGCGCGUGUAAUAGAUGAUCAGGAAGACAAUCAUACUGCAAUAUCUAUCAUCGAAGACACUGCAGAUGUAGUCGUGUCGUAUCAUCGGGGAUUACCGAGGAUCACGGUGCCACUGCCAUCGAGGAAGGAGCAAUGCGUGUUUACUCUGAAACCAAUCACGCACACGGUAGGAGAUCUUAUUCAAAUGUUGAAGAAGGAAGAUCGUGGCAUCGAUCGUGCAACCGUGACAACCACCGAUGGCAUCAGGAUAGGUUCCAACAACACGAUCGAGUCGUUAAUGGAGAACGACUUUCGACUGGUGAUAAACGACAUGGAGUACUUGGUGACGCCGCCAUUGCACCGCAAGCACACGAUGGAGAAUUUAGAGUCAUUGUCGGACGUUCAAAUGUUAAUCGGCCAGCUGUACGAGACAUUGCACGUUCGAGAGCACUACGCCACCAUGGAAAAGCAAGUAUUGGCAGAAUUGGAGGCUGUCAGAUUGGAAUUGGAACCUCUCGAACAGAAGCUGCUAGAGUUAGACGCCACCGCGGAAAGGAAGGCGAAUAUGUUCAUUUGGGUGUGUCUUGUCCUAAUGUCGAUUCAGUUCAGCGGCCUAGCCAGACUAACUUGGUGGGAAUACUCGUGGGACAUCAUGGAACCGGUUACAUAUUUCGUCAACUACGGCACCACGAUGGCCUUGUUCGUCUACUUCGUCUUAACGAGACAGGUUUACUCUAAUAGCAAUUCAGUUUGUCAGUUGUUAAUAACAUCGUUAAAUCAACAGCUAAAAGAAUACAUGCUGCCAGACGUGAUGAACAGGCGACAGCUGAUCUCGCUUCACAAGAGAGCAAAGAAGGUUGGCUUCGAUCUGAAUCAGUACAACGCCCUGAAGGACCGUGCCUACGAGUUGGAAACCACGCUGAAGAUCAUUCGCGGACCAUUGUAUGAACACAAGAGCCGUAUCGAACGAGAGAAGAGGGAGAGGUCAAGUUCGAGUAGUUCAAGAUCACCGAGUUCCUCGCCUAGUCCUAGUCCUAGCCCUAGUCCGGAAAGGACUCUUCCUAAGAGGGGAAUCUUCCCGCAGAAAGACACGUCGAAGAAACCGGUUCCUCCGACGGACAAAGAGACGAGAGAUUAUUGAUCGAGCAAGCUUCAAAGGAGAGGGAUCUCUCCUUUGAUGUAUAAAUGUUAACGGAAAUCUCUUGGAAAAGAAGAACAAAAUUGCACUCAGGGCGAGAUUACCGAAUGACACGCUUGUAACGUAAGAGGAGCAAAUAACGUAACGAGAAAUGGAACGAUUAAGUUUCUUGUUAGCGUGGGAAAAGCUUGCCAGACGUUCGAGUCCUCGGCGGAGUCUUCCAAGUCGUACGACGACCCUCCUAAUCAACGAGUAUGUGUAUAGUAUAUAUUUGCCCAACGCUCAAUGUUAUUAUUGACCGAUGUGCAUUUGGAAGACGUCGAUGAAAGAAAAUGUAUAUAUCAAACAGUUUUCUACUAGUACAAUUAUCAUUGACUAACAAAACUGGUUCGAAGAGAAUCGACACGUUUAAAGAAACUAGAAUGAUAUCGAGAUGAGGUUUCCUUUGUGCAAUGUUUUAUGCCCGGCUGUAGUGACUGCGGUGAGAGAAAGAGAGAUGUUUGUCUCAUUUUCUCUCCUCGGCUGUAUACAACUUCAUGAUAAAUAUUUAAUUCAAAUGUAAUCUGAAAUUGGACUCUUAAUCUUGAAUUUGCUAUAGUUUCAUGACUAAGGGGGUUAUUAAAUUCCCACUUCUAAGGAAUUGCCCUGUAUAUACGUAUUAUACCUUUGCGAUAAGUUGAUAUUUUUAAUUGUAAUUCACUUACGAUUGUUCGCACAAGUACUGUUUAAGAGAACACUCGACGAUCAAAGCUCAAAGACUUUUAAUUUAGAAACUGACUUUUCCGUCGCCGUGUAACGUUAUUUUUUCUACAAGAGGAUAUAUCUACAGCAAAUGUUGUUAAUGUAAAUAUGCAUUUCUCUCAUUUUUUUUAACUUAAUCAACGAAUGAAAUUUUAUUGCAAUGGACGUGGUACAGCGUACUUAAGCUUCGUUUCAAUUCACUUUUUUCACUCGCUGCUCGAAGAAAGAGACAAUGUACUUAUCCGAUAGUAUACUAUUAAUGGAAUUGAUCGUUUUCAAUUCUGCUGUUUCAUAUUCUUUCUGAUUAAGUAUCAUUUUAUUGGAAAUGUAGCAAAAGUUUCAUUUUUAUUCAAGGACUUCUUAUCGGAAAAUACCUCGAUUCGCGCGUAAGAUUGCUUGCAAGAUUGCGGAUUUGACAGACUCGCUUCGUCGUCAUUCAUAGUAGGAUUUUAACAUUCGACACUUACUUCGCUAAAUCUUUUAUUCUUACUAAAGUAGUGGUAACACAAUCAAAAGUCGAGGGUCUUUGCGCACCGGUACAAAUACAUCUUCGGCAUGUAAUAUUAUAUAAAGCUAAAAAAUAUUGUACGGUCAACACUGUUGUUACUACCGUUACGCUUUAAAGUAUCGUUCACGAAAGUAUCUUACAUAGGAUUACUAUAACAUAGAUUACUAUUUCUAGGAAACUCUUUAAAAAAACUUUCUCUCGCUUUCCUAAAAAAAAAAAAAAGAAUCCCUUAUCCGUCCGCUCAAAUAGCUCACCAGUGCGUAUUCAAUGACAAUUGUGUCGGUAUCUUUCGUUUAAAGUUAUCGUAUAUGUUAUUACACACACACACACACACAC